UUUUACAUACCUUUAUUUUCUUGCAAUAGAAGUAGCUGUUCUUUGUGUGUGUGUGUCUUUUCUUUAUUUUUCAUUCACUUGUAUUACUAUUAUUUCUUAUCUAGCAGCAUUUACAAAAUCAUGAACACGUAGACAUUAACCACGAACAGCACACAAGAAAACAUUGAAACACGUGUAAGUACAGCAAAUUAGGAAACAGCAAAUCAUGCUAGCAUUAUCACCGUGCGCUCUUUUACAUUUCAAUAUAAUGAUCGGUUGUUUUUGCAGUCCAAUGUUGGCUAUAACACAGUACAGCGUGGAGCAGUACUACGACAACACGAUGGUCUCGGUGUGCUUCAGCACGGUGGAGACCUGGAUGAAGUCCAUGUACUUCAUCCUCUCCAUAGCCGUGUUCUUUUUUCUUCCAUUGGUCGUGCUCGUUAUACUAUACGCACUGAUCGCCAAAACCUUGAUGGGACACCCAAACUUGAUGGCACCCUACAAGAACAGCGCGGCACAAACGCAGAGUGUGAUCAAGUAUAGGAAGCAGCUGGUCAUCAUGCUGGGAACGGUCGUGCUGGCCUUCUUCAUAUGUCUCCUUCCGUUCAGAGCUUUCACCCUCUGGAUCAUCGUAGUUCCUGCAGAGAACAUCUUGAAGAUCGGAUUGGAGCGCUACUACAACCUACUCUACUUCUGCCGCAUCAUGUUCCAUAUCAACUCCGCCAUCAAUCCCAUCCUCUACAACAUCAUGAGCUCCAAAUUCCGCGGCGGAUUCUUGCGCGUCUGCGGCCUAGGUCACGUCUUCACAGGCGCCGGCUACAAAGGGAAGACGGAUAUUAACAGGAAAAACACGUUCAACACCACCUCUUCCACCAACAACUCCACACAGCACACUUCCGAAUCCUUCCUCAGCAGACACGGGAAAAACAACAACUCCAAGAACUCGGAGAGAGGAGUCAAAGAUGUUUCCGAUCAGGAGGUUUACGUCAGAGCGCCUAGAUCCGGUCACAGGUUAAUCUCCGGCGAAAGUUUUGUAUAGAGGGAUGUUCGGAUCAAGCGAUUUAUGUUCGCCCGCCAAAAGGAUUUGAUUUAUUUUUCGAUUAGCAUAUACUGUAUGGUUAGAGAGACAGAAUGAGAGGAGAGAGAUAGAAAAGAGCGCUUGGCCUCACACUUGACUUGAAUAUAUUGGCCUACGCAUAAAAUAUAUACAUGUACAUAAAUAUUGGCUCUUUUUAUGUUCCUAUUAAGCGCAUAUUUAAAGGACAAACAUUGUAUA